GAACAGAUUAGAAGUCUCUAGAAGACGGUGGAGUUCUUCAACUCCCAACCUAAUUGGCUUGUGUCGUGAACUCGAGUCGAGCGCUUGUUCUGCAGAAGAAGAAAAAAACCUUAUCCAUGGCUUCUUCUUCUACUUUCGUUUCACUGCCUAAACCCUUCUUCGCUCUUCCCGUCAGAACCAAUGCUCAUCCUCUAGCUAAUCAGAGGCUCUCCGGGUUUCGGAAACGUUCCCUCAGAAUCAAUGCCGUUUCGACCAAAUGGGAUCCGGCUAAGGUUGUUCCUCAAGCAGACAGGGUCCUUGUCCGUCUUGAAGAGCUUCCCGAGAAAUCAUCCGGUGGAGUGCUCUUGCCGAAAGCUGCUGUAAAGUUCGAGAGGUACCUAACGGGAGAGGUUGUCUCUGUUGGUUCUGAGGUUGGAGGAGUUGCUCCUGGGAAGAAGGUUCUGUUCUCCGACAUUAGCGCCUAUGAGGUUGAUUUGGGAGUAGAUGCUAGGCAUUGCUUUUGCAAGGAGAGCGACUUGUUGGCUGCCGUCGAGUGAAUGCUUGCUGGCAUUGCCUUGCCUUAACGAUCUAUGCAAAAUGGGUCUCAGGUUUUGGUUAUUCCGUGUUCUACUUUUCAAGGUUGUGUAGGAACAUUCCUGUAAUCUCAGAUACAGAAUCAUCUUGCUAUCCAUUCUUGUCGUGUCGCCGAGUUUACAAUAAGAGCAGCGUUGCUUUGGUUGUCUGGAA